GGUCUCUGUAGCAGCCGAGGGCGCAGCCUGGACUGUAGUUUCCCGGGAGAGAGAGCAGGAACAGGAGCGGAGCGCAGUCCUCGAAGCCUCAGGUCCAGCAUCCCGCCAGGGGUUGCAGGUGUGUGGGAGGCUUGAGAUUAUUCUGGCAUGGCUUUUCUUGGACUCUUCUCUUUGCUGGUUCUGCAAAGUUUGGCCUUAGGGACCACUUUCACUGAUGAAACCAUUGCUGAGUUGUCAGUGAAUAUGUAUAACCAUCUUCGAGCCACUGGGGAGGAUGAAAAUAUUCUCUUCUCUCCAUUGAGUGUCACCCUUGCAAUGGGAAUGUUGGAACUUGGAGCCCAAGGGUCUACCCUGAAAGAAAUCCGUCACUCAAUGGGAUAUGACAGCCUGAGAAAUGGUGAAGAAUUUUCCUUCUUGAAGGAUCUUUCUCACAUGGUAACUGCUGAAGACAGCCAGUAUGUGAUGAAAAUUGCCAAUUCCCUCUUUGUGCAAAAUGGAUUUCAUAUCAGUGAAGAGUUUUUGCAACUGAUAAAAAAGUAUUUUAAUGCAGAAAUCAAUCACGUGGACUUCAGUCAAAAUGUAGCUGUGGCCAACUAUAUCAAUAAGUGGGUAGAGAAUAACACAAACAGUCUGUUGAAAGAUUUGGUAUCCCCAAGGGAUUUUGACGCUGUCACUCAUCUGGCUCUCAUCAAUGCUGUCUAUUUCAAGGGGAGCUGGAAGUCACAAUUCAGACCUGAAAAUACCAGAACUUUUUCCUUCACUAAAGAUGAUGAAAGUGAAGUCCAAAUUCCAAUGAUGUACCAACAAGGAGAAUUUUAUUAUGGGGAAUUUAGUGACGGCUCCAAUGAAGCUGGUGGCAUCUACCAAGUCCUGGAAAUACCAUACGAGGGAGAUGUGAUAAGUAUGAUGCUGGUAUUGUCCAGACAGGAAGUUCCACUGGCCACACUGGAGCCAUUGGUUAAAGCACAGCUGAUUGAAGAGUGGGCAAACUCUGUGAAGAAGCAAAAGGUGGAAGUGUACCUGCCCAGGUUCACAGUGGAACAGGAAAUUGAUUUAAAAGAUGUUUUGAAGGCUCUUGGAGUAACUGAAGUUUUCAUCAAAAAUGCAAAUCUGACAGCCUUGUCUGAUAACAAAGAGAUUUUCCUUUCCAAAGCAAUUCACAAGUGCUUCAUAGAGGUCAAUGAAGAAGGCUCAGAAGCUGCUGCUGCCUCAGGAAUGAUUGCAAUUAGCAGGAUGGCUGUGCUGUAUCCUCAAGUUAUUGUCGACCAUCCAUUUUUCUUUCUUAUCAGGAACCGGAGAACAGGUACAAUCCUAUUCAUGGGACGAGUCAUGCAUCCUGAAACCAUGAACGCCAGUGGACAUGAUUUUGAGGAACUUUAAAUCAUGUUAUUUGAGUAACAAAGAAAACAGUAACUCAGCACAUUAUGUUUGCAACUGAUAUAUAUUCGAGACUUGUGUUUUAUAGUAUAUCUUAAAAUAAUAUUUAAAAUAGUUCCUGAAAAAAUAAUGUAUGUAAAUUAUAAGCCAACUUGUCAAGGAAUGUUAUCAGCAUUAUUGAGAUAAUGGUCCUGUCAUGUCAUUGUGUUUGUUGUGCUAGUAUUUAAAAUAAAAGUACAUAGUGAACAUGUGAACAGCUCUGUUUCUCAUUGUAGAAGUUGUAGCAUAUAGACACCUCUAGGGAGAAUUUGGAAACAGUGGUACUUCUGGACUUCUCAAGUCUUUCAUAAUUGCACAGAAACAAAGCACCAAAGGAAAUUAGUGUUGUUCGCUUAUACAUAACAAGCAACAACUAGUGAGGUAUUUUUGUGGACAGCUAGUCCACAAAAACUCUGAUUGCUAUUUCUCUGAAGACAGUGUAUAGUUUAAAAUAAAAAUCUGCAAACUAAACAUCUUUCAUGUGGCUCCAUGAAAAUACUUGUUAGGAAAAAAUUGGGGCUAUGCCAACCCAUAGCUUAUAGCUAUAGCUUAUUGACUAUGUCUUUAAAGAUCCACUUGGCUUCAUAAGGGUGAUAUAGAUUACAAGCCUGGUAUAUCACCAUGUAGUAUAUCUGACCUACAACUUAGUUCCCCCAAGUCCCCAAAUCUAUCUAUAUCUGAUAUAGAUUACAAGCCUGGUAUAUCACCAUGUAGUAAAAUCUGACCUACAACUUAGUUCCCCCAAGUCCCCAAAUAAGCCAGAUGAGCAAACUAAUAAGAAAAAUAUGCCCUCUGGUAUGUCACUGGAGAAUAAACUAGAAAAACUCUGCUGGUACAGAUAUUGGAAACUAGCAGGUCACAGGCCAAAAGCUGCUCGCAGGGAUGUUCUUGUUUGUUCUGUGUAAGAGGUUUUCCUUUUUUGAACUUAAAGGUCUAUAAUUGGAGUAUCGCAUUCCUUGUUUUUCCCAUUGGCUCCUGAUGGUUCUGGAAUACACUUGUGUUUGAGACCUCUUGAGAGAGAUGUCCUUUGCAUAAUGUUUUGCUUUUAUUUUCUAGUACAAAUGUUGUCAAUUCCAGUGGGGACAGAAUCAAUUUCUUAAGUUCUCUAGUAAAUUAUUUUGUUAUCUUGUGGCUGAAAUAGCAUUCCUUUGUUGAGGGGUGGGGGGUGGGUACAUGGGGGAAGGAAUAAUCUCAUCAGAUUCCAUGAGCAGAACCAGACUCAUUUAAUGCCAAAUGUUUGAUUCUUUGAUUAAUAAUUUCUGAAAAAGUUUGAAAUGUUUCAAAAUUUAACAGAAACAGUUUGAUUGUGACUUUCUUGUAUGUUAGGUAUCUUGCUAUUAUUUGGAGUUGUUAAGAAGAUUGAUAUUAUUAACUUUGAUUCUGUUCAGGAGAACUGUGGUUUAGAGCGAGCAGGCCUGACUUUGACAUACUGAAUUCUAAACUGAGAGGAAAAACUUGAAAAUCUGAAUUUUUAAAAAGUUCCUUUGGUGAUUUUGUUAUACACUAAAUCUUGAAUGUUGCUAAAAUAAAGGAUACAUGUAGAACACUUAAA